AUGACCACCCGCCUAAAAGCCGGGAUCACCAAACCAAAACACCCCAUCAAUCUGCACACCUCCACCUCACCAACAAUUUCUCCUAUCCCUAAAUCACACCUCACCGCUCUAACCGAUCCACAUUGGCAAGAGGCUAUGAAUGAUGAAUAUAGAGCCUUAAUGGAAAAUAACACGUGGGAGUUAGUUCCACGACCACAUAAUGCACAUAUCAUCCAUUGCAUGUGGCUUUAUCGCCACAAAUUUCAUGCAAAUGGAACUUUACAAAGGUACAAAGCCCGCCUUGUCGUUAAUGGUAAAUCUCAACAGGUUGGCAUGGAUUGUUUCGAUACCUUUAGUCCGGUAGUUAAACCCACUACCAUUCAGACUGUACUUAGCAUUGCCGUUUCACGUGCUUGGCCAAUUCACCAACUCGAUGUCAAAAAUGCAUUUCUACACGGUGACUUGAAUGAAACGGUUUACAUGUUUCAACCACCCGGGUUUGUCAACAAACAACAUCCGUCAUUUGUUGCCAGUUACGCAAAUCCCUAUACGGCCUUAAACAAGCUCCACGGGCUUGGUAUCACAGCCUCUGAUGACAACUUGCUUCAAGAUAUUAUUACAUCUUUGUCAACAGAGUUUGCUAUGACAGACUUAGGCCACCUUCAUCAUUUCUUGGGCAUUCAAGUAACACGAAACCGAGAUGGAUUAUUUCUUUCACAAGGUUCUUAUGUUCGAGACAUCCUUGAAUGA